AUGGGGCUGGAAACGCGCUCCCCGAGGAUGCUCUGGUGGCUGGUGGCCUUGGGGGUUGUGUUCUACGGGGAGCGGUGGGUCUGCGCUGGCCUCGAUUACGAUGACACUUUGGAGGGGAGCGAAGAGGAGAAGGAGGAGGCGAUAGAUUACAAGGACCCGUGCAAAGCCGCUGUGUUUUGGGGUGAUAUUGCCUUAGAUGAUGAAGACUUAAAUAUCUUUCAAAUUGAUAGAACAAUUGACCUUACACAAAACCCCUUUGAAAAACUUGGACAUACCACAGGUGGAUAUGGAGACCAUGGUAUGUCAAAGAAACGAGGGGCCCUCUACCAGCUUAUAGACAGGAUAAGAAGAAUUGGCUCUGGCUUGGAGCGAAACAGCACGGUUAAGGAAAAAGUACCUCUAAAAUUCUCAGGGCAAAACGAGAAAAAUCGGGUGCCUAGAGCUGCUACAUCAAGAACAGACAGAAUAUGGCCCGGAGGUGUUAUUCCUUAUGUUAUAGGAGGCAACUUCACUGGCAGCCAGCGAGCCAUGUUCAAGCAGGCCAUGAGGCACUGGGAGAAGCACACAUGCGUCACUUUCAUUGAAAGAAGCGAUGAGGAGAGUUACAUCGUGUUCACAUACAGGCCUUGCGGAUGCUGCUCCUACGUAGGGCGGCGGGGUAAUGGACCGCAGGCAAUCUCCAUUGGCAAGAACUGUGAUAAAUUUGGAAUUGUUGUUCAUGAAUUGGGCCAUGUGAUAGGCUUUUGGCAUGAACACACGCGACCAGACCGAGAUAACCAUGUAACCAUCAUAAGAGAAAACAUCCAGCCAGGUCAGGAGUACAACUUUCUGAAGAUGGAGCCUGGAGAAGUGAACUCCCUGGGAGAAGGAUAUGAUUUUGACAGCAUCAUGCACUAUGCCAGGAACACCUUCUCAAGGGGGAUGUUCCUGGACACUAUUCUCCCUUCUCGUGAUGAUAAUGGCAUACGUCCUGCAAUCGGUCAGCGGACCCGUUUAAGCAAAGGAGAUAUUGCACAGGCAAGAAAGCUGUAUAGAUGUCCAGCAUGUGGAGAAACCCUACAAGAGUCCACUGGCAACCUUUCCUCUCCAGGAUUUCCCAAUGGCUACCCUUCUUACACACACUGCAUCUGGAGGAUCUCUGUGACCCCGGGGGAGAAGAUCGUUUUAAAUUUUACCACGAUGGACUUAUACAAAAGUAGUUUGUGCUGGUAUGACUACAUUGAAGUGAGAGAUGGGUACUGGAGGAAAUCGGCUCUCCUUGGCAGAUUCUGUGGGGACAAAUUACCUGAAGUUCUUACCUCUACAGACAGCAGAAUGUGGAUAGAGUUUCGGAGCAGCAGUAAUUGGGUAGGAAAAGGCUUUGCAGCUCUCUAUGAAGCAAUCUGUGGAGGUGAGAUACGUAAAAAUGAAGGACAGAUCCAGUCUCCUAAUUAUCCCGAUGAUUACAGACCGAUGAAAGAAUGCGUGUGGAAAAUAACGGUGUCUGAAGGCUACUAUGUCGGGCUGACCUUUCAGGCCUUUGAGAUUGAAAGACAUGACAACUGUGCCUAUGACUACCUAGAAGUUCGUGAUGGGACCAAAGAAAAUAGCGCUUUGAUAGGGCGUUUCUGUGGUUAUGAUAAACCUGAAGAUAUCAGGUCUACUUCCAACACCUUGUGGAUGAAGUUUGUUUCUGAUGGGACUGUGAACAAGGCAGGGUUUGCUGCCAACUUUUUUAAAGAGGAGGACGAGUGUGCCAAGCCUGACCGGGGAGGCUGUGAGCAGCGAUGCCUGAACACCCUGGGCAGUUACCAGUGUGCGUGUGAGCCUGGCUAUGAGCUGGGGCCUGACAAAAGGAGCUGUGAAGCGGCUUGUGGUGGACUUCUUACCAAACUUAAUGGCACCAUAACCACUCCAGGUUGGCCCAAGGAGUACCCUCCUAAUAAAAACUGUGUGUGGCAAGUGAUUGCACCAACCCAGUACAGAAUUUCUGUGAAGUUUGAGUUUUUUGAAUUGGAGGGCAAUGAAGUUUGCAAAUAUGAUUAUGUGGAGAUCUGGAGUGGCCUUUCCUCUGAGUCUAAAUUGCAUGGCAGAUUUUGUGGUGCUGAAGUACCUGAGGUGAUCACAUCCCAGUUCAACAACAUGAGGAUUGAAUUCAAAUCUGACAACACUGUGUCCAAGAAAGGCUUCAAAGCGCAUUUCUUCUCAGACAAGGAUGAAUGCUCCAAGGAUAAUGGUGGGUGUCAACAUGAAUGUGUCAACACAAUGGGAAGCUAUGUGUGUCAGUGCAGGAAUGGAUUUGUGUUGCAUGAAAAUAAACACGACUGCAAGGAAGCUGAAUGUGAACAGAAGAUCCACAGUCCAAGUGGCCUCAUCACCAGUCCCAACUGGCCAGACAAGUACCCAAGCAGGAAGGAAUGCACAUGGGAAAUCAGUGCCACUCCAGGCCAUCGAGUCAAAUUAGCCUUUAGUGAGUUUGAGAUAGAGCAGCAUCAAGAAUGUUCUUACGAUCACUUGGAAGUAUUUGAUGGACAAACAGAAAAAUCACCGAUUCUUGGACGACUAUGUGGCAACAAGAUCCCAGAGCCCCUAGUGGCUACUGGAAAUAAAAUGUUUGUUCGGUUUGUUUCUGAUGCAUCUGUUCAAAGAAGAGGCUUUCAAGCUACACAUUCUACAGAGUGCGGUGGCCGGCUGAAGGCAGAAUCCAAGCCCAAAGACCUUUACUCACACGCGCAGUUUGGUGAUAACAACUACCCCGCGCAAGUCAGUUGUGAAUGGCUGUUAGUGUCAGAACAGGGCUCGCGGCUGGAGUUGUCUUUUCCGACUUUCGAAGUGGAAGAGGAAGCUGACUGUGGCUAUGACUAUAUCGAGCUCUUUGGUGGCCUCGAUUCAACAGCGAUGGGGCUCGGUCGAUUUUGUGGAUCGGGGCCACCAGAAGAGAUCUAUUCAAAUGGGGAUGCAGUUUUGAUUCAUUUUCACACUGAUGACACAAUCAACAAGAAAGGAUUUCAUAUAAGAUACAAAAGCAUUAGAUAUCAAGAGACCACGCAUACCAAAUAA